AUGGUGGAAGCUGUACAGUGUUACGGCCGCAAGAAAACUGCCACAGCCGUCGCAUACUGCAAGCGCGGCAAAGGCUUACUGAAAAUAAACGGAUCUCCAAUCCACUUGGUUGAGCCAGAAAUCCUCCGGUUUAAAGUCUACGAACCUAUUCUGAUUCUCAGACAGCAUUUCAACCAUGAUAAAUUUGCCAAUGUCGACAUUCGCGUGCGUGUCAAUGGUGGUGGCCAUACUUCGCAAAUAUACGCUAUUCGUCAGGCAAUAGCAAAAGCAAUAGUAGCCUUUCAUCAGAAAUAUGUCGACGAAGCAACAAAGAAGGAGAUCAAAGAUACAUUGAUUCGCUAUGACAGAUCCUUGUUGGUGGCAGAUCCUAGGCGGUGCGAGCCAAAGAAAUUUGGAGGACCUGGUGCCAGAGCACGACAUAUUAAUACUAAUCGUCGAUUAUUCAAUAAUGCUGUACAGAUACCAGAAAUCUUAUCGUUAGUAUUCUUUCAAUAUGACGACGUAUGUCUUGAUAUUUUACAUGAAAAUGCUCAUACUGUUCUAAAAAUGCAGGCCUCUUCAUUCGAUUCAUAUUAG